GCGCUAUAGGCAUAACGCCAUAAAUAUUACUAGCAGGGUAUAGGAGACGAGUUUCCCGGUUCAGCUAUUUCACCUUGUCUCUUAAAAAACAAUAUUGAAAUAUGAACUUGUCAUAGCGGCAUUAUGUACUUAACAAACGGAGAUGGGGGGGGCUCAGGGUGUGGAAUACCCAUUUUUAUUGCAUCACCUGUCAGUGGCGUCCAAUAGGAUUCGAGUCUGAGGGCAUUAAUUGAUGAAGGUGUCUCCGGGCUCGCGCACUUCCCCUCUGUCAUUUUAUUUGUGGCUAACCCUGCAGCCAGGAUAGCAGCUGCAUUUAGGCUCUUAUUCGCUCUCUCUUUCUUUCCCUCCCUCCCCCUCUCUCUCUCUCUCUCUCUCUCUCUCUCUCUCUCUCUCUCUCUCUCUCUCUCUCUCUCCCUCUGUAGCUCGCUCCCUCUCCCUACCCCUCUCUCCCUCCCUCUGUAGCUCGCUCCCUCUCCCUACCCCUCUCUUCUCUUUUUUAUCCUCUCGUUGUGGCAGUGGUAUACACCUUCCUGCCGUGCUGACGGUCAGAGGGAGUGAGUCGGAGAGGAGAGGCAGGUAGGGGUUAGCAGACGGUCAGCAGCCGGCCUGGCGGUACAAUCCCUCGCAUUCCUCCACCAUGCCUGGUCCGGGGCAGGGCCUGAGGACAGAUGCUGUGAUCCCACCCGACACCGCUCCAUUUAACUCCGCAUCUCAAAGUUUGCCUGUCCAUGACAGCGUGGAGGUACUGGGACGCAGCGGCCGCCUGGCGCGUCAGAAUGCCUUGAGCUCAAAACAAGGAGUUUAUUCCUUUUUCUUUUCAUAGCUGCACGAGGACAAUUGAUCGAGAUAAAUGCUUGGAUUAUUACAAUAGUGAGGGAAAAGCAACAUGGGAGACCUGAAGUGUGGGUUUGAAGAGAUGCAGGGAGUGAGGCUGGGAUACCUGCUGAUAAAAGGAAAACAAAUGUUCGCCCUCUCCCAGGUCUUCACUGACCUACUGAAAAAUAUUCCCCGGACCACCGUGCACAAACGCAUGGACCACCUGAACGUUAAAAAACACCACUGUGAUUUGGAGGAGCUGAGAAAGCUCAAAGCAAUAAAUUCUAUUGCUUUCCACGCGGCUAAAUGUACUCUGAUAUCACGGGAGGAUGUGGAGGCGCUUUAUUUAUCCUGCAAAACGGAACGCGUGUUAAAAUCCAACAAAAGAAAAGCAAAGAAGGCCAGUUUACCCGAGGAUGUGGGCGAGGGCACGUUUCACGCGGACACGCACCCUACUGGGUUAUGGAAGGAGAAAGUUUGGUUAAGUUUGCACAGCGUGCCACAGACUCUAUCCCUCAACAAAUCCGGCAAAAGAGAGCAACCAACCUCGCGCCCCGACUCCAAUCUACCUCAAAUUUACAAUAAAUCCCGACCGAGGGAUUAUUCCUUUGUCACCAAGUCGGCAUGUAAACCUUUUAAAAACUAUGAAACAGCUCAAAUACCGGGCAAUUGCGUUGCAUUUAGCCAGAGACAUUCGUUUUUCCGGAGCGUGGUGAGCCGUCAGCCGGUGUUGUUUAAAUCCGCCAUUGCUGCUCAGUCGAGGCUCUCCGCAGCCGGCGACCUACUUCACAAAAGGAAGAGGAGGCGCGAGGGGGGCGGCGGCAGGGAUAGGGACAGCGGCGGCGCGAGGCAGUCGUGGAGCAGGAGCAGACACACACACUCACACCCUCACGCACACCACCCGGUGCUUCUCGUGCAGCCCAAGUGCUGCAGCAAGCCAAAAACCCAGCACAACCACAACGGGACAGCUCUGGGCCAUUUCCAUCUUGGACACGAGUUUUACCUCGACCACGGAGCUCACCACCAUCCUCACCCGCAGCAGCAUGUAGGGGUUUUCCCGGAGAGCUACAGCAGUGACACCGAAUCCAGCUGCUACUCAGAGCCGCUCAACAACGACUCGGACUUCGGCUCCAGUUUAUCCACAAGCAGCAACUCUGGGACCUCUGAUGAGGAGGAAGAUGAGGAUGAUGAAGAGGAGAGCCCGUUGGAGAGUUCUGAGGUCAGUUCUGACGAGGAGAGUUCAUCUCAGUCUGACAGCAGCUCUGUGUCCAGUCAGGUCUCUGUCCAGUCCAUCCGUUUCAGGAGGGCCCGGUUCUCCUCUGUCAACGCAACCAAAAAUAUCCCCACUAGAACUCUGCCUAACGCUAAAACUCUCUCCACUACUCUCUCCAGCACUAGAACUCAGUCCAACAGUAUAACUCUCUCGCACACUAAAGCACCUUUGCUCCUGCAGCCUACCUUCCACUACAGCCACCAGCAGCAGCCAUCUAUACCGGUUGUCCAGGGUGGAACCAGCCAGGUGGACUAUGCCAUUCAAGGGAAACAACAGAAAUAUGAGUUUACAGCCAGGGAGGCCAAGCAGGACGCACACACACACAGGUUCAGCUCGCCUGUCAUCCGGGGGAGUUGUUUCACUGAGAGGAGAGACAGGAAGGUUCCUGAGUCCCAGGUCCAGACCCAGACCCAAAGAGAGAUAAAGAGAGCAGUUUAUGCACUGAGCCCCUCACCUAACCCCAACGGGAACAAAGCGGUUCCUGCGCACAGGACACCGGGACACGCAAACAAAUGCCCCCCAGUCCUGAGCUCACACUGCGCCCAUGACAAAGACACAAAGCACUCCAAGCCUACAGACAACAACCAGCUUUCAUUAGCUGCAAAUCUAAAGAGAGAGGUGAGAAUUAGCCCAAUCCUGAAACUGCCCUCUCCGCUCAAAACUAUUAAGACCGAGCCGGAAGAGCUCUCAGUGGCCGCGGGUCCCCUCCCCAACAGUGGCAGGGCGGUCAAGACUCCCCCCUUCAACCUGCAGAAUGUGAAAAUCAAAGUGGAGCAAAGCUAUGAUGAAUUCGAAUACAACAGUAAGGCCUCCGGGUUCCACUGCAAAGGAGACGAGGCGGAUAUCAACAAUGGCCAGUACCCCGGCGGCGACAUCAAACACGCUGCUGGCUGUUUCAACAACGAGACCAAAGCCAUUGACAGUUCUACUGGGGCUCCCAAGUCCUCAUCCGGCUUGCAGGAAUGCAGGAGCACUCGAGACACCCCUUGUUCGGAGGAGGGGGAGUAUAAAAACGGAGUUGGGGUCAGGAAAAACUGCAGGACUCUGGUUCUGGGGAAGGAGCCUGGAAUUUCGAGGGCGCAGGCGAAACAGAACGUUUCCAAAGUUGACAGGACUUUAUCUUCUCGUCCCGUGGGCAAAGCAGAGAUUUGUGAUGGAAAUAUUGAGCAUCUAACUGGGGCGAGUAAACGAAAACGCGCGUCCAGUAAUGUAGCACCCUCUCUGAAGAGGCCUUUCAGCUUCAUGGCGAAUUUCCCCGCUCCUCCGUCCCUGGUUGUGGGCAGCGACGGGGAUUUAAGCCCAGCUUACUCUCUGAACUCUCUGGGGGGACCCCGACCUCCCACCCGCUCUCACCCCGUGUGGCGGUGGCAGCCUGGCGGUCGGACAGUCCCUCCCCCAUCCGCUCAGAGAAUCAGGAAAUGUUGACGCUUUUUUCUUUGACAAGAACAACCGCAACAACAACAAAAACCUGGAUGGAAACCUACAGUACCUUGACUACAACAUAAGUCUUAAAGUGAAUGGGAGGCACUAUGUAUUGCAUCCUUCAGUUGUUUUUAUUUAAAUGUUUUCCUUUAUUUGAUGUUGUGGAUUUAAAACAUUCCUCGUUGUUGUGGAGUUGUAGAUCAGUAAUACAUACACUGCUAUUCUCCAUAACGCGCGGACCGUCUUUGAGCCUCUCUUCCUAUGUCACUGGAUGACCCCUCCUCGUGGAUUUAUUCUGACUAACUCUUCAUAAGCUAUCCACCAUAAGAAAUAGGCUACAAGAUUUGGCAAAAUGUGCUUACUUUAAUUUUAUCGGAUCUAUUGUCUCUGUUCCCCUUGAUGCUGGACCUGUUGGAUUGUACCAGGGUUUCAGUGAAGUAAACAUUUGUGCUGUACUGCCUUUGUGGUGAGAGAACGAGAGGGGAAGGCUCCCCCAUAAAAAUCACAGCACUCCUAUGCUGGUCUGUGUUUUUCUAUCAUCAGCUGGGUAGGCUUAAUCAACAGAUGCAGGGUUUUUCUUAAAUAACAUGAUUAAGCCUACUGUCUGUCACCUUAGCCUUAUUACGAGUUGUAGUUGCUGUUUUUCCAUAGGAUUUUAAAAACCUAAUAGAACCCCUAAUUUCGGUUUUAAUUUGAUGCUUGCCAGAGUUUGGGUCAAUUGUAUCUAUUUUCAGAUAACUGUUUUUAAAUUCGAUAUCAAAUGUAGAUUAAUUUCUUCAUGCAAGUCAAAAUUCACAACGUUGAUUGCAGGAUAUAUAUUGAAUAGGACAUAAUUGUAAAAUAAUUGUACUUGACUCUUAUUCUGAUCUGGCUGUGUUGCUUUCCGUUUUUCAGAGUGUUUGUGAACAGCCUUGUUUGUAUUUCCUGCAAAGCUUAUGUUUGGCUGUAAUCAGACAGCUACCAGCGCCCAUUCAGGCCCAUAACAGUGCAGACCUUACAUACAGACAAUCACACAGAGAGAAACGCCCAGGCCUGACACAGAUCACGCCUUUUCGUGAAAAACCACACGUCCUGACAACCUUGACAUGUUUUUGCAUUUUGGUGGGACAUUUUCCUAUAUAUUACAGGUUUAUUGAUUAAUUGAAACACACAUAGCCCUAAUGUAGCCUACACGAAAAAUCGUGAAUAUACUAUGAAAAUAACCCUCCUGUCCUACCAGUUUGGGGGUUGUACACUAAAACACAAACCCACCAAAGGGUGUCUUACAACACACUGAGCCUAAUGUAAUUUAGAAACAACACGUGGAGGCACAAGUGAUAGGCCUACAUGCAUUGCACGUUGACACACGCGGCCCCAUUUCAGCUUGAGGAGUGUAGGCUUGCUUGGCCUAUUAUGAAAGAGGUGAUUGUUGAAGAGAAGCUUAAAAUAAAAUACAUUUAAAAUAAGGUUGGCUAUUAGCCUAUGUCCACUUAAAUAUUUAACAUUUAUAAUUGGUUAUUUGUGGCCAUCCAUAGCCAACACAUGAAGUUGGAUUGUUUACUAUUUGCAUAUUUAGGUCAAACCGGUAAUAUCGUUGUUAAUUGUACCCUUGCAUCUGAAAGCAUGCUGAAAUGCCCAGCACAGCAAGUUGCUGUGGAAUAGUUACAUAUUAGCUCAGUGGGUAAAUGCGUAAUUACCUGUUUACAUUCUGCGGUGAAGCCCACCGUGCUGAAUUGACCUGAGAAAUUCACCAUUCGGUCAAAAUUACUCAAAUAUAGUCUACAGAGGAUUAGCAGUCAGUCGAAAAUGUGUAGGCCCAAACACAAAGCUAGUUGUACCUUAUUAUAAUAGCAUUGCACUCUGCAGUGAUUCGAGAUUUACACAAAAUGCCAUGGCCCUCUCCAUAUCCCCAUUUCACCUGAUAUAGAUUAGGCUAUACUUUCUUCUCUUGUGUAACAAAUCGGAAAAAAUGUUUUCCAAAUUUUGCCACGUAACCAUAAGUAAUAUUUACACGCGAUGAAUGUAUGUCAGACUUUUUUCAUUAUGUUAAAUAUUCUGAUGUUGUUGAUAGAAAAACACAGAAUAUACAAAAAAAAUACAAAUUCAGUCAAAUUUAAUUGAAGUUGCAUCUAAAUAUCUAUAUUUUCCCACAACGUAACAUGUUGAUUUUCUGAAGUUGUAGCAAAGAGAAUAACCAAACCACAUAACAACAAACCACAUGCAUCAUGAUUCUCACAGCAACAUCAGCAGUAAACACAGAAACAAAGGCCCAUUCGAUUGGUGAUUGUAGUUAAGAGAGACAAAAGCUUGGGUUAACUCAAUGCUCAGAUUUUGUAUGGAUUGAUCUGUGUAAAAUGCACCUCUACCACCCCAAACCAUGCGUACUCCCCCUGUAGAGUAGGUGUGUAUAGAAGCAAACUUAAAUGAAUGUGCCUCUAAACUAAACACAGCCAUUUUAUUCUCCAUUUGAAAAUGACGUGAUCCCUCCAACCUAGAGGGAGUUGGGGGAAGGGGAAGAUCUCCCUGGGAGGAGAGGGAGGGGGAUUCAUAUGUUCUAGGAGGGAAACUUUCACCCUGUAAUGCCCGUGUCAAAGUUUACUGGGCCAGAGGAGGGAUAUACAGCGCAGCGUUCAGCGAGGGCACACACACACACACCUCUGUAGGUACUUACCAAUUCUCACGCCGAUCCCAGAGAGCAUCACCCGUGCAAGGAGAUGGUGGUAGAAGCGUUUACGGAGGGAACUACCACAGCAGAGCUCUGACAGUGACGCUAUCAAUGUAAACAAUUGCAUGGUGUCGCAGCUCGAGGCAUGGGGCCCACCCCUCUAUCUCCUGCUUUGCCCCGCUUUCUCACUCAUUCCCCUAGCUUUUUGAUACAAUGCUUGAGGUCAGGAUUUUGACCUGAAAUUUGAAGUCACUGGUUGUUUAUAUAAAAAAUAUAUAUUUAUUUUUGUGAAUUACUGGGUUUUGUAUAUCAUUGUUGUGUAGGAGGAUGCACUCGAAAUGAAAAACUUGAAUGGUGGAUUUGAAGCACUUUCCCUUUCUUCUGAGUUAUGAAGUGUUCAUUAAAUACGUCUGAGUGUGA